AUGAGGGAAUCCGAUAAGAAAACUGCUGCAAACUAUGAUUUAUACUACCGAAUAUUUACUAAACAGUUUAACAUUUCUUUUUUCAUCCCCAAGAAAGAUCAGUGCGAUCUAUGUGAAUCUCGUAAAAAUGCAGUUGACGGUGAUGAAGUGUUAGAAAAUCAAUAUUUGGAACACCUGCGCCAAAAAGAACUCAGUCGAGCUGAAAAAAAGAAUGACAUUGAGACUUGUAAAAUGGCUGAAAGCAAUAGCAUUGUAGCUAUAUUUGAUUUACAAGCUGUGAUGCCUGUACCGAUUGGAGAAUCAUCAGCUUUCUUUUAUAAGUCUAAAUUAAAUUGUCUGAAUUUAACUAUCACUGAUAUAAAAAACAAGGAGACGAUUUGUUACUUCUGGCAUGAGGCUUUAGGAGGUCGGGGUGCAGUUGAGAUCGGUUCCUGUGUCUACAAAUUCCUGCAAAAAGUAUCUGAUAAAUAUCCUAAUUCUGACGUUACGUUUUAUACCGAUAACUGCUGUGGACAGCAGAAGAACAGAUUCAUUUUCUCAAUGUAUCUGUAUGCCGUCAAAACAUUACGAAUCAAAACCAUCACUCAUAAAUUUUUGAUCCGCGGGCAUACCCAAAAUGAAGGAGACACAGCGCACUCGUUAAUAGAAAAAGCUAUUAAAAAAUCUAAAAAGUCUGGGCCCAUAUACGUGCCAGAGCAGUACGUUCAAAUCAUAAGCUCUGCAAAAAAAAAUAGCAAUCCAUUUAUUGUAGAAGAGUUAAACUAUGACGAUUUCUAUGAUCUCUAA